GAACGAUUUCAUCACAUUAUCAAAUUUAGUCAUUAGUUAUAGUGCAUUGAGAUAAAAUGUCUGUUGAAUUAAAUGAAGUGCAAAAAUGUUUAAUAGACAAAAUAGCAAAAGAAAAUGGAUUUAAUAACUACGAACUAAAAACCAAUAAAGGUUCAGAAAAAGGUGAUAAUUUUUUGGGUAUUCUAACUACGGUUACUAUAAAAAAUGGUAAAGAUAAACUAGACUUAAUAUUAAAAUCAGCGCAUCAAAAUGAAGCCUUCCGAAAAGCAGCUCCUUUACGAUCAGCUUAUUUGAGAGAAAUUUAUUUGUAUGAAAAUGUUUUUAAUGAGUUCAAGAAGUAUCAGGAAAACCAUAAUGUAGCUGAUAUUUUUGACAAUUACGCCAAAAUAUAUGGAUCUUCAAUCGUCGAAGAAAGUGAAUGUUUGAUACUGGAAAAUUUAAAAACACAAGGAUAUCAGCUGUGGAAUAAACAACAACCCAUGAACUCGGAGCAUAUAUCGGCCGUUCUACAAGGUUACGCAAAAUUCCAUGGUACUUCCAUGGCGAUGAAACAUAAGAAUCCAGAAUUGUAUGAAAAUAUUACUGAAGACAUAUCGAGUAGUAUAUGGGAAAAUGAUGAAUUUGUGGCUAACAAAGAUAAAUUUGAUUCGUUCUUUAGAACAGUGAUGAAUAUCGGUUAUAAAAGCAUUGAGGAUGAUCCUGCUUUAACAGAAUUUCUAAAAAUUCUAGAGCCGCAGUUUUCGGAUAUGUUUUCUGAUGGACUAAAAGAUCCUGAAUACAAAACAUCCAUAGUUCAUGGUGACUGUUGGUGCAAUAAUCUUCUAUUCAAAUACGAGGGUAGUGAUAACAAGAGACCUUUAGAUGUAAAAUAUAUUGACUGGCAAAUAUCACAUGUAAAUUCUCCAGCUUAUGAUUUCUGUUACUUUUUCCUGGCACACAGUCCUAAAGAAAUAUUAGAUGACUACAAAACUUACUUGAAAUUAUAUUAUGAUACAUUUUCAAAGCAUCUUAGAAGUUUAAACUGUGAUCCUGACGAGAUUUUUCCAUUUUCCAGGUUUGAAAAACAUAUAAACCGAUUUAUGAUAUUCGGAUUAUACAUGUGCUUUACUAUUUUGAAGAUAAUGUUAUGCGAUUCCGAGGAAGCACCAGAUUUUGGUGAAAUGGCAGAAGAUGGAGAUAUGCUCCAAUCAAUGAAUUUUAAAUUUAAAAACUUCGACAUAUUUAAAGAGAGGAUUCGAAAUUUAGUAGUAUUUGUAAAAGAUAAUAACUUUAUCUCAAAAUAGAGUAUUUAUAACCGAGGGCGCCCAUUUAAUAUUUCCAGCGGUGUGCAAAACAAAGAAAAAAUACAAGAUUUUUUAAUAUCGUCAACUAAAAAUAUACAACAUAUUUUAAAUUUAAAUAAAAACAUCCAAAUAAAAAAUUGUUUUUAAAAAUGUAUUCUUUCAUAAAACUAUAAAAAAAAUUAAAUGAAUAAUAGACUAAACUAAACUCUUUUGACUUUCUACUAUCUAAAAAGUAAAAAGUGUAAUCCUGAGUUCACAUAAAUCUAAAAUUUCUAAAAUAUUUACCAAAUUCAUCUAUAACGUUUUCUGAAAAAAGUGAUUCAAGGAAAAGCAGGUAAGCCAUCUACUGAUCUGCUUGGUAUAUUUCCAUAAAUGUCUAUUUUUAAUAAAUCAAAUUAUUCCUUAGGAUCUUGAACAUUUAAUUUGAGUAAUUUGUUAUAUUAUUUAAAUUCAUUAUUUAUUUAAUUGAUUAUGAUAAAUGUUUGUUCUUGUAACUUUAUUUUAUCAAAAUGUUUAAUUCACUAUCCUUCAGGUUUAUUGUAUUUGUACGCAAAAUAUACUUAAUCUUUCGUUGUCUUUUGUUAUUAAUCAUGUUGUUUCUCUGAUAAUUGUUACUAUUGGCGUAAAUGAAAUAUACGAUGAUUUUGUGAUCUAAUUUUUUAGGACUACAUGUUUAUCCUGAUAUUGAAUCACAAAUUUACUCAGGAUUAUCACUAGAACAUCACCAAGCCUUGGCCGAAAUAUUCAUCAAAAAUGUGGUCACCUUAAGAUAGAUCUAAGGCCAUGCCAUUUUGCCGAUUUACUACUAAGGUAGCCAAAAAAAUACUUUUUAGAACUGGCCAACCCAACUAAAACACAUGGUACCAAAACAUUGUACCAAAUCCUUUCAGUUUCGGUUUUGCUACAAAGCCUUUGUUCCUGGGGUUAACCCUCAUACUACUAUUAAUACUUUGUUGGGAAAGGCUACUUUAUAUGUUUUUUUUAAGUAAUUGUUACCACACUGAUAGCAUUUAUUGGAACUGUAAAUACCCAAACCAAAAGUAACAUUUGGGUAAUUUUAUUACUACCAUAUAGAGGCAAAAGAUAUAUAGUACCAGUGCAUCAGUAAUUACCACCCACUAGUGCCACUAAUAUACCUAAAUAAAGUAACUGAGUACAUAGAGAGGCAAAAAGGUCCCAUAUUAGUCCAAGUAACAUUUAAGUAGUUACUGGAAUUAGUAUAAUUUUAUUGUUACUCUAUAGUGGCAAAAAUUAUAGAGUACCUGCGAAUCAGCCACCCACCAAUGCCACUAUUAGGCCUAAAUAAAGUACUGUAAGGGGUUUUCUCGCCUCAGAGAAAACGAUUACUUACAAAUGACGCCUGUUGACGGGACGGCUCUCGGGCGCCAGAUUUUAUGUGUGGUUUACUCCACAAACUUUCGAAACGGCUUCGAAAGUACUCGGGCAGCACAGAUGGAGAUGAACAAUUCCAGGGGUCGUUGGUCACUCAGACACAGGUAAUAAGUAACCACAAGUAACGGGCUUUAAUCGUGACUUGUGGUGAUAAAGAAUUUCUCACUGCUGAAAUAAAGGAGGAAGUAAAUUAGGGAUCAGUAACCUCAGUUACAGUCAAGGUAACGUUGACACAUAUAUUGAAUUUUAACUAUUUACAAUAAAUAAUUUGU